AUGGUGACUGUUAAUCUUGGAACCCUUUACUGUGUUUUGGAUCAUGUAUAUGGUGCAUUAUUGCACAGAACAAAGAUAAGUCCACCAUUUUUUUCAAGAGGGUGGGGUGGCACAAAACUUGAGCUUUUGGAGAAAAUGAUAAAGCAAUUGUUCCCUGAUGUACGACAGAAUUGGCCUCCUACAUUGGUGCAACCUAUUUGGAAGACAAUUUGGGAAUCCAAAACUGCUGUUCUUAGAGAAGGGGUAUUUAGGACACCAUGUGAUGAGCAACUUCUUAAUGCAUUGCCUCAUGAAAGUCACAAUGCCAGGGUUGCUUUCCUUGCUCCAAAGUCCUUGCCUCCACAAAAGAUGGCCUGUGUGGUUCACCUUGCAGGCACUGGAGACCAUACAUUUGAACGGAGAUUACGUCUUGGUGGACCAUUGUUGAAGGAAAACAUAGCAACCAUGGUGCUCGAGAGCCCUUUCUAUGGAAGAAGACGUCCAAUGCUGCAACGUGGUGCAAAACUUUUGUGUGUUAGCGACUUACUCUUAUUAGGAAGAGUCACCAUUGAAGAGGCCCGUAGUCUUCUAUAUUGGUUAGACUCAGAAGCAGGGUUCGGCAAAAUGGGUGUAUGUGGACUUAGCAUGGGAGGAGUACAUGCAGCUAUGGUUGGAUCCUUGCACCCUACACCUAUUGCUACACUUCCAUUUCUCUCUCCACACUCUGCCGUUGUAGCUUUCUGUGAAGGGAUUCUAAAGCAUGCCACUGCAUGGGAGGCUCUGAGAGACGACCUAGCUGCUCAGAAUGCUGCAACAACGAUUGAGGAGGUUAGGGAGCGGAUGCGAAAUGUGCUGUCUCUCACAGAUGUCACACGGUUCCCAAUUCCCAAAAAUCCUGAUGCUGUUAUAUUUGUUGCUGCUACUGAUGAUGGCUACAUCCCAAAGCACUCAGUAGUCGAGCUUCAAAAGGCUUGGCCAGGUUCGGAAGUGAGAUGGGUUACUGGUGGCCAUGUAUCGUCUUUCCUUCUUCACAAUGGUGAGUUCCGCAGGGCAAUUGUGGAUGCACUUGACAGAUUACAAUGGAAAGAAUCUCCUUUGUGA